AUGAAGGCGUUAGACCUCGUCGUCGUUCUGGCGUCGGCCGCCGCCGUCGCUGCUACGCCGAUUCAGACACGGGCUCUAGGCGGUGUUCUUAUCUGCACCGGACCUAACGCUACAGGUACAUGCAUGCACAAGGUGGUCUCCCUCAACGUCUGCCAGCAGCUCGAAGCGCCAUUCUACCGAAAUGCAAGCACAUUUGCGCCCGACAGAGAGCCUUUUGCCUGCUCCCCCCGCGCUUUCGACUGUCAAGGUAUCUGUCGGAGCCCGACCGGCUGCACAUUUGGUGCCGUGGAUUUCGCCUACGAGCACAAGUUCAACUUGAGUGCCAUCGGCUGGAACACCAUCAUUUCGAGCUUCGACUGCUUCCUGAAGGAAUAG